UUUACUUGUUCUGCUUUUGUGUUCCUAGUGCCACUUCAUUUCCUAACCCAUCCAUCGCAACUGAUGGCUUUACAGCGCCAGUUCAACUUCUUCGACAAGGUCGAAGUCAAAGACCCUGAAGACCCGUCCAGGUCUCCCGAAGUUUUUCAGUCUAUCGAACCAAAUGUAGCAACAAGUGGUCGAGGGCAUAUGGUUAUUGCGGAUCGAUCAGGUCUGGUACAUAUCAUUGACAAAAAUCUACAAGGAGAAUCUUUUCUUGCCUAUGAGAGUGGUCGAGUCACUCACUUGAAACAAUUAAAACAGCGUAACAUUCUGGUCACCGUUGGUGAAGAAGAGAACGCGCUUCAGGUCAUUAAGCUGUGGGAUUUGGACAAACCCGAUAGAAACAGACCAGGUCCAACAUUGGAGCGAUCUAUUCGUGUCAAUCAAGCUGGAAAUACGUUUCCAGUAUCUGCUAUGGCUGUUCUGGAAAAUCUUUCUCAAAUUGCUGUUGGACUGGCCAAUGGCACUGUUGUCCUGAUUAGUGGUGACUUGAUGCGAGAACGAACAACUGCUCAGAAGAUUGUCCAUCAAAAUGACGAACCUAUUACAGGACUUGGUUUCAAGGAGCAACAGAGAGGAGCCUUACUUUAUAUUGCGACUACAGCCAAAGUUUUGUUGUAUAAUACCUUCUCCAGACAUACACAGAUACUCGAUGACCACGGCGGAGGCCUCGGAUGUGCUGUGAUGAACGAAAGCACGCAGGAGAUGGCAAUAGCUAGAGAUGAAGCUAUUUAUUUCUAUGGCUCUGAUGGUCGAGGACCUGCUUAUGCGUAUGACGGACCAAAGACCUUCAUUUCGUUUCACAAAUCAUAUUUGAUCCUUGUCUCCCCGCCCAAUAUCCCAGCAGCAGCUUCUCGGACAUUUGGUGUCCAUUCUGCGGCAGUGUCUGCAAAUGAUACUACUAGGCUCACCAUUAUUGACACGGCUAACAAGUUCACCGCCUAUCAGGCCGCAUUUACUCAAGGAAUUCGUAGUGUUGUCUGUGAAUGGGGGAGUAUUUAUAUUGUCGAAAACGGUGGCAAGGUUUUCCGUUUGGACGAAAUGGAUACCUCAGUCAAGCUGGAUAUUCUAUUCAAGAAAAAUAUGUACCUCCUAGCCAUCAAUCUUGCUCACAACCAAAAGUACGAUAACGCCAGUAUUUCAGAGAUUAUCAAACGAUACGGUGAUCAUUUGUACAGCAAAGGAGAUUACGACGGAGCGAUGGCGCAGUACAUCCGAACAAUUGGGCGCUUGGAGCCUUCAUAUGUUAUCCGAAAGUUCCUGGAUGCACAACGUAUCUAUAACCUGACCUCUUAUCUUCAAGAGUUACAUUCAAGUGGUUUGGCCAAUGCAGACCAUACGACUCUUCUACUUAACUGCUAUACAAAGUUAAAAGAUGUUAAGCGUCUGGACGAAUUUAUCAAGACUGAUAGCGACUUGACAUUUGACCUGGAGACAGCUAUUCAGGUGUGUCGUCAAGCAGGAUACUAUGAGCACGCUGUUUAUCUUGCAGAAAAAUUUGAGGAACACGACCUAUAUCUCACAGUUCAAAUUGACGAUGUGAAGCACUACGAUCAUGCUCUGGCAUAUAUGCGUCGCCUUGGGCCUAUAGAAGCAGAUAAGAACUUGCAAAAGUACGGCAAAGUUCUAUUGACACACUUGCCUGAACAAACUACACAACUUUUGAUCGAUUUGUGUUCAGGGACGCUGACAAGGGGAGGCACUUCUACUCCAACGCCCGGCACUGCAUCUCCUGCGGCUACGGCCAAUGUUCACCAUGGGGGAGCCUUUAGUAUGCUACCAUUUACUAUGGGAGGUAACGCCAGUACAAGUUCUACUCCAGCGCUAUCUAGCGGUGGUGCCAGUCCAAAUCUUAACAAUCAUGCAACAUUUUCACCAAAACCUCGUGGCGCCCAUCAUCACGAACCGGCCAAGUAUGCUCCACCUUCACCAAGGACAUUUAUGAGCUUGUUUGUAGACUUGCCUUCAUAUCUAAUUACCUUCCUUGAAAAGGUGUCAGCGAAUCGCUGGCCGUCAAUGCCGACCGCUCAGAGCUCCCAGUCGAUAAUGGUGUCAUCUGGAGCAUCACUCAAGUCGCCCGCGGGCGCAGUGCCGAAUAGACCAGGCAGCAUUGGAUCUUCAGGAAACAAUGUAUUAGGAACUAAAAAGAACGCUACAAACAUGGAUCAAUUUGAUCACGCUUCGACCAGCGGAGCUAGUCGAUCCGGGCUGAUAUCAGAAUAUGAAAUGGAGGAACGUAAAUCAGUUUGGAAUACGCUUUUGGAGCUCUACCUUGCAGACCCACCGACAACAACUAACUCUGAUCAAACCAGCAAAGGCUCGACCAUGCAUGUAGCAGAGAUGAACCGUAAAAUGAAAGAACGGAAUAUCAGGAAAGAGAAAUGUCUCAAGUUAUUGAAUGAUACAGAGAUUCCCUAUGACACCAAUCAUGCCUUGGUCCUCUGUCAUAUGGCAGGCUUCGAUGAGGGCAUUGUAUUCCUGUAUGAGCGGAUGAAAAUGUAUACAGAUAUUUUGAGGCUCUGGAUUGAGCGUGACAAUACUGCGAAGGUGAUUGAGUGCCUGCGUAAAUACGGACCACUGGAACCAUCGUUAUACCCUCUGACAUUAUCAUACUUUUCAUCAUCACCUGGCCGUUUAGCAACAGCUACGCCUGAGUUGCUCAAGGUACUUGACCAUAUUGACCAACAGGACCUCUUGCCACCACUUCAGGUUGUACAGGCGCUCUCUCAGACAUCAGUGGCUACGAUAGGGAUGAUUAAGAGCUACAUUGGUCGUCGUAUUGAGGCGGAAAGGAAGGAGCGAUUGGAGGAUCAGAAGCAAAUCCAAAGUUAUCGUCAGGAGUCAGAGAAGAAACGACGCGAGAUUGAGGAGCUCAAGACGUCAGCUCGUGUGUUUCAAGCGACAAAAUGUAGUGCAUGUGGUGGGUCAUUAGAUCUGCCAGCGGUGCACUUUUUGUGCAAGCAUUCAUAUCAUCAGCGCUGUCUGUCGGAUGCAGCGGAUCGGGAGUGUCCUAAAUGCAUGGUUGAACAGCGAACAGUAGCAGACAUUCGAAGGAUGCAAGAGGCGAAUGCAGAGAAGCAUGAUUUGUUCUUGUCAGAGCUUGAGGAUGCAGAUGAUGGAUUUGAGGUGGUUGCCAAAUACUUUGGGAACAAUACAAUGGCCUUUGCUCGACUAGUAGAUGGAUCCUAGUAAGGUAGCAAGGCAGUAAGCCAGUAAGCCGGUAGAGGAACGAUAGUCUACAUUUUAAAAAGUCAUACAAGUGACAAAGUACAUCCAUGUCGCAUUACAUAAACAUUAAAAAUUUGCCG